GUACCACUGCACGCGCGCUAGAGAUAGAUCGAGCAGGCCAGUGAAGCAAGCAUGGGCAUGGGCAGCAAGGCCGCGGUCUCCGUGCUCGUGCUGUGCGCGCUGCUGGCCGCGCAGACGAUGGACGCGGCGCCGUGCAACCCGGCGGCGCUGAGCCCGUGCGCGGGCGCGAUCAUGUUCGGCGGGGCGGUGACGCCGGGGUGCUGCGUGCAGCUGCGGGCGCAGCAGCGGUGCCUCUGCCAGUACGCCCGCGACCCCUCCUACCGCGGCUACGUCAACAGCCCCGCCGCGCAGAACGCCGCCAGGGCAUGCGGCCUCCCCAAGCUCAAGUGCUGAGCCUGUCGGCCGCCGGCCGGCACGCCGUAUACGAGUCCACGGCUAGCUGAUCCAUGGACUUGCAUCCAAAUAAACGCGACCGCGAGCUCUACCUUUAACGUGCUGGUUGUUGCGGGUUGCAUGCGUUGUGGUGAUCGACUCUGGCAACUCGUCAGCUAGCUGGUUUGGUUGAUGUGUGUUUGAGCUUGUUUCGUAUGAAUAAUGUUCCUUGGGCCUGUUUGUGCUCCCUCUGUGUUCAAUCUCAUGGAACAGCAGUUACAAUCGCAUAAGUUUUACUCGAUCA